GCUCUCUGCUACCCUUUCUCUCGGCGGUGGGUCGGAGCCGCUGUCCCUGGCCUCGCAUGUUCCCCUCUAAAUUCCUGUUUUCUAUUUGAUGCCCCUAUUGUACAUUUGAUCCAUUUAGACCCUUCUGUUAGGCCACAGUCGGGCGUCCAUACACCGUUUUAUUUUGCCCCAGUAUUUGGCAUUUUGAGACUUAAACACGAACAUGGCCGUGGUGAGCGGAUCGUCUGGGCCGGUUGCCCGGCUUGAGGGCCGUGAAUUCGAAUACAUGAUGAAAAAGCGCUCGGUGACCAUCGGGCGGAACUCGUCUCAGGGCUCAGUGGACGUGAGUAUGGGCCACUCCAGCUUCAUCUCCCGGAGGCAUCUGGAGAUAUUCACCGCCAGCGACGAUGGUACCGGCAGCGGGGAUUUUUACCUGAGGUGUCUUGGUAAAAACGGGGUGUUUGUAGACGGAGUGUUCCUGAGACGGGGCGCCCCUCCUCUGCAGUUACCACGAAUGUAAGUUCCCCCUC